CCAUAUUUGAUAUCAAUGAACCAAGAACGUUUCUCCUGUGCUACAUGCUCAAACUAACGUGGCAAUGGAAGUCGUCAUCUUACCACCAACACCUACUACAGAAGACCAAUCUUGUAACAGUAUCUUUAACGGGCUAGAGAGCAGCCACGAUGACGAAUCGAGAGAGGAGAUACGUUCCAUUGCAUCACCAGAACUGGCCGAUUCUCACACAUACAGCUCGCGGGACGAUUCGGAUAGCGACGAGUACCACGACACAAAAGAGACGCUGGACAGCGAAGAAGAAGUGGUAGGCGGUGAAUUACGUCAACGUACACGUGGACCGGACGAUGUCGUGGUUGACACAGAGUUGUUGCAGAAGAUAGUGCAACAGGUCGAGUUCUAUUUUAGCGACGAAAACAUUACCAAGGAUAAGUUUCUUCUAAAGCACAUAUGGAGAAACAAGCAGGGGUUUGUAAGUAUCAAAUUGAUUACAAGCUUCAAGAAAGUCAAGUGUUUGACGAAAGAUUGGCAAGUCGUCGCUCGUGCUAUUUCAGAGUCUUCCAGUCAGUUGGAAGUAAACGAGACGGGCACCAAAGUUCGUCGAAAAUCACCAAUACCAAAACCAGACAAGACAUCAGCGCACCGUAGCGUUGUGAUAACCAAUUUUGAUCAUAAUGAUCCUAGUCUCGAUGAAGUGAAGGGAAUGAUGUCUCGUUUUGGAGAAGUAGUGCUGGUUCGCUUUCUCCGUCCAGGUACAACUCUUCCUCAGGAUGUGAAGGAGCAUCAGUCUUCACACUGUGAAUUUGGCGUUUCAGUUUGCGUGGUUGUUGAAUUCAAACACGCAGGUGAAGCAGAGAAAGCCUCCAGUGAAUAUGCAAAGAGUGCAAACUGGAGGACUGGGGUAAGAGUGAAUUUGCUAGCAAAAGAUGAAGGAAAAGGUGGUCAGAACAAAACAAAUGAUGGUUCUCCUAUUGAAAGAAGAAAACGAAAUUCAAAAAAGAAAGGCAACCGUUUGGAGGAACUCAUUGCAGAGGAUGGCCACAGCACUUGCAGUUCAUCAGAUGCCGAAGGUCUCCCUAUUCCAUUCGCAAGCAAGAGGAGCUCCAAAAGCCCCAGAGGGACACCAGACAGCACAUCAUACUUGAGCACAAGUCCGACAAAAUCAAUCAGAAGUGGGAACAGGAGUCAUUCCCCUAGUCCUGAGAUAUAUCGAAAGGUCAGCCCACAUUCCAGUCCUCGACCUAUAAGGGGAAAUGUUUCUUCUAAUGUUCAUCAUGAACAUCAUUCUGUAUCUCCACGUGCUAGCCCUCUACUGGGAAGACGCACUCCUGAUGCAACAUCAGCCUCAACCAGUCCAAGGAUAAGUGGAAAACUUGGCAGCAGUAGUCCUGAUUGGCGGGUCAUUCGAAGUCCAACUGGUCCAGAUGGUACACAGGGAUUUUCUAAACGUAAACAGAAAGAUCUGCAGUUGUCACGAGUGCCCUAAUAUAGUUCUUGUUGUAUGGCACUCCAUGUGUUUAUAGCUGGAUAGUGGUCUAUUAGCUUACUACAGACUGAUCUAGUGGCAGAAUUAUAGUAUAAAUACAUAUCUUGUAUUAUGGCACUACACUGACUCUCAA